AUGCAUCACUCUGAUAGGCUCCUGUUUGGUGUUUCGUUAAAAUGAUGCUCUUUUCCUCACAUAAACUAUUGUUCUAGUCUGUGUUUUCGCCCCAGUUAAGCUUGGUAAGCUCGCCGUGGACCACCCCUCACUGCGGUGCAGUAGUGAAGGAUAAAUAUAUCCCCCUCCUCCACCACCACCACCUCCUCCUCCCUCUCCUUUCGUUGAGUCCGCAACAUCCCGACUGGCCGAGGCUGGCGAUCGCAGGGAGCGGCAGCGGCAAACAGCCCCCACAAGACGGAUGAAUUAGAGAAGCACCGCCACCCCCCUUUAUCUUUUCUUGAUUUCUGUAGAGAAGAGCCGGGCUGUAAACGCUGCUGCUCGUCUUGACAGUGUGAAGCGGAUACAAGGUUAGUAAAAACAAGAGUAUUUUCAUUUACAUAGAGGUUGAAACAUAAGAACGAGCUGAGAAAUCAGUGCAGAAAAAAACAGUGUUUGACCAGCUCGGUGUGCAUGAGCAGGGGAACAGUAAUCCUCUAUUUGUAUGCAGGACGCUUUGCUGGGGUCCUUCUUAGCCAUGGUUACAUCUUGGCAUGAGCAAGUUGUUUGUCCAACUCCUUUAACUUCAACUUCAAGAGCCUGACACACAACUCAUACACACCCACACACACUCAUCCAGGUACAAGUGUAUUAUUCUCUCCCAGGAGGUAGCCAUUUGUCUGUUUUGUUACUCUGAUGCACCAUUCUUGGUCAUUCCUGUCAGGGCUAAAUAUUCUGUGAGGUGAGUCCCCAGCGCCUCUCAGAUCACAUAGCACUGCAGCUGCCCUGCUGUACAGCAGACCAACUGCAAGAGCUAUAAUAGGAAGGAGAGGUAGGGUUGCACAGCUGACAGUGCUGAUUCCUCUGCAGUCCUAUUUAAGUCACUGCCCUGUGGAUCCAGAGGGCUUAUUAGUGAAAUGCCACCUCUUUAAAACACCUCACUGUAAGUCUGGCACGAAAAACAAGUGCUGAUUGACGUUGGCACACAAUAAAUUACCUGUAGCAUUUUAUUACACACAUGUGCUUUUUCAAUUGUUGAUCUAUUUGGCUGUUUUGUAACCAAAUCCUCACAGUGACGUAUGCAGCCUCCAGAACCCUUUAUGAGUUGUUGUGUAAAUCAAGGUCCGUAUUAUGAGUCACACUUUUAGAUGAGAGCCCACACAGCCUCUAAUGCACACAGCAGUUGAGGGAUGCUUUCACUAUAACGUUUCAGGUGCAUCCUUAGAAUAAUCAAUCAAAACUAGACAGUAACACAGACCCCACAACGCUUCAUAAACCCUCACACCAUAUUACAGACUGUACAUUAAUUCUUCAAGAAAUGUUUGCUCAUUCUUCAUAUCCAUGCUGCUAGUCUUUUACCAUGUCUGAUAACCCACUACCGAUUGUUUUUUGAACCCGUUAGGCUUCCGUUAGAUUCACCAUGGGGAUCAAGGCUGCCCUCCCCAGAUAUGAGCUGUAUCUCUACAGAGCCGUUCUUGUCGGGGCCUUGAUAUGGGCAGGCAGUUGGAUAUUUGACGCUUCAAGUGGUGAGUGCGCAACAUGUCAAGAGAUGUCCUGAGCACAUGCCACACUGUCGAUGUAGUUCAUUUAAAAAUCAGUGACAUAGUGCUUGAGUGUCAUUAGGUUACUCUUAUCAAAGUCAGGGUGAAUGACAACUUUUUUGGACAGCUGCUUCAGGACUUCUCUGACAUUUAUGUUUGUGAUGACAUGAACUCACUGAAAAAUUACAGCUCAUGUAAGGAAGAGAAACAGCUCUUCAGGUGUCACAUUUGAACCUGAAUCUGCAUCGAACAGGGAGCAUUCAGCAGAUAAAAAGAGAAGCUGAAACCCUCAGGAAUUCCUGCGUGUUCCUAUUAAUAUGUAGACAAUUUAAAGAUGCUCUAAUUAGUUUUCUUGUUAAAACAAACGACAGAGGAAGAGGAGUUAUACAGAGACAAGCAAUCCCAAACCUCAGCCUCCUGAAAGUCCAUGAAAUGUUUACAUGUCAGGAAAACACUCAAGCUGAAUAGACUGAGUGUAAUCCAGUGAGUGGUACAGUCUGUCACAGUCUGUGCAGUCAGAUCAGCCCGACCAGUCAUGUUGUCACUCAUUAUUUUGUCCUGAGCGUUUUACUUCAGGAGUUCCUCUGUGUGUCUUGAAAUUGUCCAUUUUUGGCUGCUCAGUCUGAGGGCAUUAAUGCAGCUCAGGUCUGCACGCUACAGUAGCUCUGUAAUACAAGCCUGGCUGCAUUCCCAGAAGUAAGAGGCUUUCCCUGACCGACCCCUUGCUUUUUCAUAUCCUUUUUCACAGCCAUUAGUGUGAUCAGAUGAAACAGGAGGAAGUACUGUAAGGGUGCAAGGCAAACCCUUUAGCUGCUGAAAGUUAAACGUCAGUCUGCUCACAUUUGUUUUGAAUGUAUUUUCAGCAUUUUUCUUGAGUGUUUCAUUCCAGUUGUAGAGCAAACUAAUCUCCUGAAACCAGGUUAGGAAAGAAUGAGUGUAGAUGUGUGAGUGUCCAAAAUAGAAACACUUUCUAAUGAGUACAUUAUGUAAUAUUUGAUGUUCUCGAGUGGAUUGAAUGAGCUCUGACACCUUUAAUUCACUGAGAAUAACUCAGCAGUUCUGUGGUUCAUCAUGUCACAAAUUUGCACCUGCAAGACCCGUUUUUACUCAAAAUGUAUGGAGCUCAUAUUAUUAUUAUUAUUAUUAUUAUUAUUAUUAUUAUUAUUAUUAUUAUUAAAAAUAAAACUUUAGAAUUAGCCCUAUGAACCUUUAAAGCCUCAGUGAGGAACUUUACAUUUGUGUUCAUUUUGGCGCCCCUGCAGACAAAGCAGUCUUUUCCAGCCUUGUCCUCUUAAACAGUGUCCUCUCACAAGAAAAAGUCUCAUCCUGCUCACAUUUGACAGUCAGAUCUUUGAUGAUUCUUGAUUCUUCAUCUGCUUGGCUGACACCAACCUCCGUGUGUCAGUUUCAGGCAUUAAAAAUCUUCAAUCUUGUAGCUGGUGGUCUUGUUUGCUUUUAAAUAUCAUAAAUAGGCUUCAAUAUGAAUUUCAGUCUAUUUGACUUGACUGUUAAAAAAACUUAGAAGAGCUUUAAGCAUUACAGUGUAACACCACAGAUUAAAGCUCCUGUGAGGAGUUUUUAGCCACUGGUAUUUGUUAUUUUUUUGCCUCUACAUGACCUAUUAAAAGCACAGGAGACCAUCAGUAUGACAGUUUAUUAUUUCUGCGUAAUUAUUUUUUAAGAUCUAAUACCACAUCACUAGAAAUAUUUACCAACUGCAUCUAAUUUAAGAGCCUUUUCUUACAUGUGCCACAAAAACUUUUUCAGGGCUAUUCAUUUAUGUGUUUUAAGAAAUCAGGACAAAAAUUUUUGGUUAACAAAAAAGACUAGCACAUGUUGGACAAAUCCCCAGAUAAAUAUGAUGUAUUUCUUUGUCCACAGAGGGCACCAAAAUCUAAACAAACCAGCCUUAAACGUCAUAACUUAAAAUGAUUGAACAGCCAUUUUAAUAAUUAAUUUGUUUUCUUCUUUAUUCAGAGAAUGUUGACAGAAAGUCGUUUAAAGAAAGUGUGAGACCAGGAUGGCAUUACUUUGGCAGGAAAAUGGUAGGUUUCACAUAUAGUAACACUUGAGUCUUUUUGUGUGCUACAGCAAUAUUAAAUGGUAUAAAACUGAAACUUGCUGUUAGUGACAGACAUUUCUGAUCCACAGGAUGUUGCGGACUUCGAGUGGAUAAUGUGGUUCACAACAUUCCGCAAUCACAUCCUUUUUGCUCUUGUCGGUCACGUUAUCUUUGCCAAGAUUUUCACUGUGAUAGCUCCAAAGGUGCGUGCAUGUUUGUGCAUGUCCACAAGCUAGCACUUUAAUCUGAUCGCAUACAGGUAUUACUGCAUGUGUCAUACUAUGUGUAUCUCUGUGUUCCGUAUAAAUGUGUGACUGUUUUUGUUUAUAUGGCUGCACUUGUGAAUGAACUUGAAAUGUUAUUUUAUACAAAAAAAGGCCUUGGACUGUCCAUGUAUUCUUUAUUAGUCUGAUUCAACACUGUUUUCUAUUCAAUCGAAGUAAAUUGUCUAUGUUUAUUUGUACCUCAAGAUCAAUCAUAUGAUUGUCUUGAUGCGUGUGCAUGGUUUUUAUUCUGAUAUGCAGUUCAUAGAUGGCACCAAUCAUCAUUUUUGUCAAUAUUUGGACAUAUUUAAAACAGAUGAAUAUGUUUUAAACAUGUUUUCUGUCUUAUUUCAUGCAUACAAUGAAGAUUGGUAUAGAUGGAUGUAAGGUAACAUUAAUAAACUUGUCAAUUCAUAACCUUUUUCUGUCAUGUGUUUUACCCUAACCUGAGUCUUGGGUAUUAGCUCUGUCUCUUACUAACACAUUUUAAAGUCUUCAUCCUAAUGAAAAACCCAGUGUGGUAGAUACAACAGCAUUCAUAUACUAACAGCACUCUACAUGUGUGCUAUGUUAUCUUUCAUCAGUGCAAAAAUCUUAUCAUGAGCUCACACUGACGCUGGCUCCUCUUUCCCCACAGCACAGAUCCUUGAUCUUUGGCGUGUACGGUGGUUUAGCAGUCCUCGUGACCAUGGGCUGGACCUUCAUGGCUCUGGUUCUGUCUCACUGCAUCAUUCUCUACAGUAUCGCUCUGGUCAAGAGCAAGUGGUUGAGCUUUGCAGCAGGCCUAGCAACACUGGCCUCCAUCAAGAUGGAGCCUUAUAACUCUUGGCAGGUGAGAGAGGGGGUUCAUGGUUUAAUGUCGUUACAAAACGCAGAGAGCCUUAUCCCCUGAUUGAGAACAAGAUGCAGAAAAAGCUUUAUUAUGUUGGGAACUUUAAAUUUAGUAGGAGGGUCUUGAAGCAUGUUUGAAAUGGACAAACAGACAGUGAAAGUAUUGGUGAAUAAAAGCAAAAUCAUUAAAUAGUUUAUCUGAUUUGAAACAACUGAGGGCUUUGUAAGGCUCCUGCUGAGAAUGCCAGUGAGGAAGCAUUGAAAAUAAUGCCAGAAUACACAGAGGGGGGUAAUUUAAAAAUAAAGUAAACAUGCUACAAUAAGUAAUUAAGUAUAAUAAAGUAAUAAAAGUAAAACAAUUGUAUGUUGAGUUGUGCUAAAUGAGUUUUGGAUGGGAAAGAAUUUGCAUUGACUUAUAAUGAAUUUGCAUUGACUUAUAUUGUGAUGAUGUGAGUAUUUGAGCUAGAAUUAUAAAAGACUUUUCUGCAUGGAUUGUGCAGAAAAGGUAUAUUACAAUUCAAAAUUAUCCAAGGGUCACUUUCUAAAAUAAAUAAGUUUAUUGAAGAAAGCCCAACAUUAUUUGAAUAUGUAAAUCAAUUCUGGUGUCAUUUGCUAAGUGAAAUCAUUGAAUAUUUUGUCUCAUUUGAAUGAUCUGAGGACAUUGCAUGGCUCCUGCUAAGGUUGUGAGGGAAUAAAGAUAAUGCCAGGAGAUACCACAGAAUGCAACCUACAAUGACAGUCAUUUGGAUAAAAUUGCAUAAUGUUGAUAGAAUAAGUAAUAAAAGUUAAAAAUAAUUAGUGUGAAAUCAUGUUUAGUGGGGUUCUACCAACUUGCAUUUAUCAAAAUGAUACUGAAGUGCAAUCGAAAACAAAGUGCACAGUUUCUUUUUUCCCAGUGCUUGCCAGUCCAGUGAAAUAAUUAAAUCUGGAGACAUUGUUUAAUUGUAUCAUGAUGAUGUUUGACGUUGUCUUCAGGAAUCUUUGGUUACUGGCUCCUUUGACCUGCAAGACAUCCUGUUCUACGGCGGCUGUGGCUUCAGCAUCAUGCGCUGCAUGAGCUUCUGUUUGGAGAACUGCGAGAAGAAGGAAGGAAACUACACUUUCUCUGACUUGCUGAGAUAUAACUUCUACCUCCCCUUCUUCUUCUUUGGACCCAUCAUGACCUUUGACAGAUUUCACGCUCAGGUGAGGGUCUCAGAACCAAAAAAGUGGAGGGAAAGUGAGCAGCCAGGUGGAAUCUGACUGUUUUAACAAUGAACACAAAUGCCAACCGGAUAAAUGAUAUUUGAAUAAUAAUGAUGACAGCCUGUUUUCAAAACCAAAUAUCUUGACUUUUUCAGGCAAACAACACCCAGCUGACCCGUAAGGAGAGGGAGAUGUGGAACAUCACUACCAAGGCUUUGCUGCAUCUGGGAGUGAUUCUGGUGGUGGACGUCUUCUUCCACUAUCUCUACAUCCUGACAAUCCCCAGUGACAUGAAGCUGGUCACCAAGCUCUCUGACUGGUGUCUGGGUGAGUUCAAUCAACUUCAUGUAACGAUAACAAGUCCAGUACAUCUGGUACUAAAGCUUUUAUGUUUUAAAAGAUUUUUGAGUGCUUGUAGGGUGCUGACUGUUUUUAAUCAUACAUAUAUUUAUUAUUUAUGAUUUAUAUUUUAACAUUUAUAUUUUUAUGAGAUUUAAGUCCAUAUUUAUAAUGUGAAGCAAUUCUUAUCAGUGUUUUGAUUUGGGGAUUAAAUUAGCAAAUUAAAUUAUUAGUGUCAUGAACCUCUCUGAUUUGUUGUCAUCCACAGCUCUGCCACUUCACACACUCCACAUUACAUCAGACUGAUGCAUUGCAUCAUUGCUUAGCUCGUAGGCAGUAGCUCAGACUGAAAGUACUUAGGUGGUAUUUUGAUCCAUUGUGACACAGUGUAUAUUAUGUUUGACUUGUCAACUGAGCUCUCUGGUUUUGUAAAGCAAAAUAAGCCCUUCAAUGGCGUAGUGGUCUUGUUGUUUCAUUUUACAGUGGUGGCUCAUCUACAGUGACUCAAAAGGGACCAAAUAACACAUCUAAAAAAAAUAAUGCAUUAAUGUCAGACAAUAAGCCUAACUUCCCUUUAGGAGAAAAAAAUGUGUGGACCAUUAUUUCAAUAGUAAAUUUUUAGCUGGAGCCUUUCCUGCAUUGACUGUGCACCACUUCUAUGCUCAUAUUCCAAUUAAUAAAUUACAAAGAUGUCUGUAUUAUGAAAAUAUUUUUAUGGAAGAUGUUUGACACUAUCAUACAAACAAAAUAUGUAUAUUUACAAAAUAUUUGACAUUAUUGUGGUUUGUAAAUAAUUGCUACUCAAUACCUAUUUAGGUCAGGCACUCUUCCAUGACAGCUUUAUGUGCUGCAGACAGCGCUCAGAGAAAUGUAAAUUAUUAUAAUGCCAAAAAAUUAUUAAGCCAGUCUGCAUUAGCUAAACAAACAAGUUAUUAUGUUUGUGUAUUGGCCAAUCACCAGUAAAUUACCGUUAAUUAGCUUAUGUUAUUAUUGUCAUUAUAUGUUGUUGAGAGAAAAUGUGUUUUUAAAGGAACUAAAAUAGUGGCAGGACCAGAUAAGUUGUUGCUUCCUUUUGCCUCCUCUUGAAAAUUUCAGGAUGUGUUAAAGACAAAUAAAGAUCAAAAAUCAAUGAGUUAAUUUUGAAUUUGUAUUUUGGUGCACUUCUGAAAACUUGGACUCCUAAUACUAAUGUUACUUUGAUCAAGGUCAGGCUUAGAAAACUUACUAAACUAUUAUCAUUGAAGCUUCAUUUAUCAGCGUUAUUCACAUGGCUGUUGUCAUUAUAACUACAAUCCAGUAUUUACAAAAGGGAUUUCAUUCCCAUCCAUCACUUGGACAACUUUCACUAUUAUUACAACUACUUUUAGAGUGUAUCCAGUUAUCGGUGUGUGUUUUUUUGUUCAAACUCCUUAGCUGGUUUGGCUUAUUCCAACCUGGUGUACGACUGGGUGAAAGCAGCCAUGAUGUUUGGUGUCAUCAACACUGUGGCCACACUGGACCACCUGGACCCUCCUCAGCCCCCCAAGUGUAUCACCAUGCUCUACGUCUUCGCUGAGACGUACGUGUUGUGUGCAGUCUUCAAAAUAUUAUCCAGUGUCUUUGUUUUCUAUACCAAAUGAAUGUAGAAGUUGUAGUAAAUCUUUAAAAAAAUGUUGUUCUUUUACAGGCACUUUGACAGAGGCAUCAAUGACUGGCUGUGCAAGUGAGUGUUGAAUUAAAAUACAUGGUUUGAAAUGACAGAGCCUACUGUACACAGAUGAUGAUUCUGACUUAUAAUUUUGCAGGUAUGUUUACGACUAUAUCGGCGGGGAUCACGAUAAAAUCUUCAAGGAGCUCCUGGCAACUAUCUGCACCUUCGCCAUCACCACCCUGUGGCUGGGUCCCUGUCAGCUGGUUUAUAUCUGGUCCUUCUUCAACUGCUUUGGUCUUAACUUUGAGCUGUGGGUUGCCAAGUUCUUCUCAUUCCCUCCAUUUUCCACCAUAGAGGUAAACAAAACAAGCUCUGUUUUAGCUUCGUUGGUUCAUUUUAACUUUGUUUAAUUUAGGCUGUAAUACAUUUGUAUUUAAUGUAUCCAGAAUGCCAUGGGUGAAGCCAUGUCCCGCAGGAUCAGAGGUAUUUUCAAUGCUGCCAACUUCUGGGCCAUUGUCCUCUACAACGUCCUCGCUCUGAACAGUUUGGAGUUCGCCAAACUGGUGGCAAGACGUAUGAUUUUCAAAGGUAAGGGACAACAAAAGUGUAUUGUAACUCCCAGGCUUCUCUGUCACAUUUAGUUAAAGUAAGAAAAAGUCAGAGAGACUUCAAAAGCAACGAAAUCCCUUGAGACUUCAUCCUCCAGAUAUCAGAUAACACAACAGCCCCUUUGUUGUUUUCUUUCAUAAAGAAUAAAAGAAUCUUAUUAGCAGAGGACAAUGAACAAAGUCCUACUUUUCUGAUCUUAUUUCUCCUCCUUUUUGACUCUCACCCCCUAUUUCUCUUCCUCUUUGUGUUUUUGUUCCAGGUUUCCCUCUGUCCACCCUCUCAGUCCUGCUGGUGACCUACUGUGGCGUGCAGCUGGUGAAGGAGAGAGAGAGGGAACAAGCCUUGCUGGAGGAGCCAGAGCCGGUAAAGCCUGUGGAUGGAGGCAAAGAAAAAGCAGAAUAAACAGACAGAAAAUCUGACUUUCACAGAUGUCAUGGUCGACAACCCCCCUCACAUUGCUCUAUCCUCGGCCUUGGGAACCACACCAAAACCGGACUGCAUCAUCCAGUCUUUGUCUUUACCGUUCACAUGCCUGUUUUUGCUUUUCUUUGUCAGAAGUGAGGCAAUGUUUUGAACUGUGAAAAAAUCCUCAAGUGCACUUGCUGUAGAUAAUCGCCACGUCCUUUGGCACAAACCCACCGAAUGUGCAUUUUGUAUUUUAUCUGAAGUAAAGGUUAUUAAACAAAGAAACGCCUGCCAUAUAUUAACAAGGCAAGAAUCUAAAGUAUAUAAAGACAUGCAAUAUUUUAAAGGAGCAGCUACUUUUCUCUGUGUGGUUGUUUCCUGUGAUAUAUAUAUUUUUUUUUAAUCUUUUUUUUUUUUUUUUUUAAAUCAUAAUCAUAUGAUUUUUUUCUCUGUCAGAUUUUGUCUCAAUUUUGCCUUACACACAUUCACAUUACACCCUGGUUAUAAUAAUGUCAAACAGUACUGAAAGGGUUGAAAACUUGAAGAAACUUGAAGUUAUGGUGCCACAUAUGAGUGUAAUGGAGAAUCAGACUAAGGGUGCUGUUAAUUUGUAUUUGUUGUACUUUUACUCAGUAAUUAUACAAGUCAAAUGAUGCAGCAGAGUCUAUUUUAAAUGUGAUUAAGAAUGUAUCAGGUAGCUAUGAUUGUAAAAGAUUUGAAUGUUAUCUAUUUGUUCAGACAGCUUUAUAGUACUGAAGAGGUUUACUGUCAGUGUGACAUUUUGUCACAUCGUUCUCCAACCUUAUUUCGUGAUCCAGGUCCAUAGUCUCUGUGAAAGGCGAUCGGCCCUGCAGGGAAUGAUCAGGGUCAGUCUUCUGCGGCCUGUCACUAAAACCUGCUCUGUGUCCUCACUUAGUGUACAAGGCAGAGAGAGGAGAGCCUGACAGAGAGUAAUUUAUCAUUCACAUAGAGGAUUUUAUCAGAGAAUGAUAAUUUUAAAUGUGUGGUUUAAAAUCAAAGUUGGGUUCAUCACUCAAAAACGGUAAAGUUAAGCUGAAAGUUCUGGUGACGAGGUCAAAUGGAUUUAUUCUUGUAAGCUUGUCUGCAUUAAAAACAUUUUAACCAUUUUAUUUUGUUUAAAUGGAUGAAAAAGCUUUAACAAGUCAAUAAACACUGUAUUGGAUUUCAUUUGUA